GAUGUUAUUACCAGGUACUUUACAACUUCUUCUGACAAGUCAAACAGCACCUAUGAGUUGAGUAAUCUGCUGGAUACUUCUGUUUACUAGAAUAAUUACUUUGAGACAUCCUCUCCUAAGUAUUCAUCAGAAACUUAUUUUAUUAAAAUUUAUUUGCAUUCCUCUUGAUACAGACAACAAUUAUGUAUUUCUUAUCAGAGAAACAAGGCAUGUGAGCAAUCUGAUCUCUUGUGGCAUCAAGCUGAGCUACGGCAUUGACUAGGGGACACACGCUACUAGUCUCUAGCGCAAAAGAUAUAUUGUGAAGUAGUCAAGCCUUUUGCUUCAAUAUAUGCUGAAUACCCUCACACACCACCAUUGUUCCAGCUGACCCCGGCCUGUCUCCUCAGCAUUCAGCAAUACCAUGUCCUCCAACACAAAGCCUGCUGUGUCCAUGCUUCUACAACUCCUCUUUCUCAGCCUCAACCUACUAGCAGCCUUCACAACGGGUGAUGGCCAGCAGUUCGUCUACUCCGGCUUCUCCAACAAUGACCUUCUCGUCGACGGAGCUACCAUGAUCACAUCAAAUGGCCUCCUUGAGCUCACCAAUGGAACCGAUCAGCAGAUAGGCCAUGCCUUCUACCCAACUCCACUGCGGUUCACGAGGUCGCCAAAUGGAACAGUGCAGUCUUUCUCCACCUCCUUUGUGUUUGCAAUCCAGUCCGUAUACACCGACCUAAGUGCCCACGGCAUGGCCUUCAUUGUGGCGCCAAGCCGAAACUUCUCGGCCGCAUUGCCUGGGCAGUUCCUAGGCCUCACCGACAUCCAGAACAAUGGCAAUAGCAGCAACCACUUCUUCACCGUCGAGCUCGACACCAUCGAGAACAAGGAGUUCAGUGACAUCAAUGCCAACCAUGCCGGCGCCAACGUCAAUGGUCUCAAAUCUCUGAAUUCAAGCUCUGCUGGCUACUAUGCUGAUGAGGAUGGUAAAUUUCACAACUUGAGUCUGAUUAGCCGUGAGGCUAUGCAAGUGUGGAUGGACUAUGAUGACAGCGUUUCAAGCAUCACGGUUACCAUGGCUCCAUUGAAGGUUGCCCGACCUAAAAAGCCACUGUUCACAACCACCUACAACCUCACAAGUGUUGUUACUGAUGUUGCAUACAUUGGCUUCUCCUCUGCAACUGGCACAAUCAAUGUAAGGCAUUAUGUGCUUGGCUGGAGUUUCAACAUGAGUGGUCCUGCUCCAUCCAUUGAUAUCUCUAGGCUACCGGAGUUGCCACGUAUGAGCCCCAAGCAGUCCAAGGUAUUGCAAAUUGUUCUGCCAAUAGCAUCAGCGGCAUUCGUCCUCGCUGUGGGCACCGUCGUGUUCCUACUCGUCCGGAGGCAUUUGAAGUAUGCUGAGCUGCGAGAAGAUUGGGAAGUUGAGUUUGGACCGCACCGAUUCUCCUACAAGGAUUUGUUCUAUGCAACGGAAGGAUUCAAGGACAAACACCUCUUAGGCAUUGGAGGAUUUGGGAGGGUAUACAAGGGGAUCCUUCCGGUGUCCAAAUUGGAGGUAGCAGUGAAAAGAGUAUCUCAUGAUUCAAGGCAGGGCAUGAAGGAAUUCAUUGCGGAGGUUGUUAGCAUAGGACGUAUCCAACAUCGCAAUCUCGUGCGUGUUCUUGGCUAUUGCAGAAGAAGAGGGGAACUGUUUUUGGUGUAUGAGUACAUGCCAUGUGGAAGUGUUGACAAGUACCUGUAUGGAAUAGAAGGGAAGCCAAUUCUGAGUUGGGCUAAUAGGUGGCACAUUAUCAAGGGCAUUGCAUCUUGUUUGGUCUACCUCCAUGAGGAGUGGGAGAAAGUUGUCAUCCACCGGGAUAUCAAACCAAGUAAUGUUCUUCUAGAUGGUGACAUGAAUGGACGACUUGGUGAUUUUGGCCUUGCUAGGUUAUAUGACCAUGACACUGACCCACAAACCACACACGUGGUUGGAACAAUAGGGUACCUUGCUCCAGAGCUAGGACAUACUAGCAAGGCAACACCUCUUACUGAUGUGUUUUCUUUUGGCACGUUUCUUCUUGAGAUCACAUGUGGCAGGAGGCCUAUCAGUGAAAGCUCACAAGAAAGUCAGUGUAUGCUGGUCGAUUGGGUUCUUGAGCGUUGGAUCAGUGGAUCACUGCUAGAAACUGUGGAUAGCAGGCUUCAGGGAAACUAUAACACUGCAGAGGCUUGUUUGGCUCUAAAGCUAGGACUGUUAUGCUCUCAUCCAUUCUCCAACUCAAGGCCUACCACGCGGCAGGUCAUGCAGUACCUUGAUGGUGAGAUGUCGUUACCAGAGAUGACACCAACAGACAUGAGCUUUCACAUGAUGGCGAUAAUGCAGAAUCAAGGAUUUGAUGACUACAUUACGGGAUCGACAGCAAGCAUUGGUACAACAUCUGUUGUUUCUAGUGGAAGAUGAGGUACAGUGUCUGGUUUGCUGCUCAGUGGUCAACAAAGUACUGAUGAGGGCCAUGUAAGGGUGGGUGGUGAUACACUAAUACAAAAAUCGUUUUUGCU